AUUCCCUACUUUUUCUCUUAGUGUCCAAAGGAUAUAUCCACAGACAUGUUUGCCCGUCUUAGUAGGCGCUUUGGGAGAGUUGAUGUUGAUAGAGAAGAGUCUAGAGUGAAGCAAACAAAACCUAAAGAGGCCUGCAGACAGACGUCAUGCCCUGAAAAUGUCCUAAACAAGGUGCAGGCCAACGAGGAAGAGGAGAGGCUGAAUAGAGAACUGGAGCUAACUACCAAGGAGAGAAAUGAGCUGACAGAUCGCCUCCUUUAUGUGACAGGUGGAUCCAUGAACAAGAGCCCCUACUUCAGGCCAAAUCCAUUUUAUGAAAACUUGAAGAUAAAGGAGAAAGAGGUCAUGUCAUUACUGCACAACUUAGACACAAAGAACAUUGAACAUCGUGAGAAAUUUCAGGAGCUCAAGAAGGAGAUUCACUUCUAUCGCAACCUGCACAGCCGGCUCCUGAUGGACCAGGCAUGUAUGAAGAAGAAGUUGGUCACAUUGAAGCAGGAGAGCAAGGAGUUACAGCGAUAUUUGUUUGAGUUGAACCCGACUGAGGAAGACGAACAGGAGAAGACCAGCAACCUCCAGACCCAGCAAAAUGUGGUCUCAGAAACUGCAGGAGACAUGGAAUAGGACGGAUCCCAGGAAGACAGCCCCCUGAAGAGUGAGUUUCUCUGUCAGAAGUUCCCUGCUGAUGACAAUCCUCAACAGUCAAAGACUUUUUGUGGGUGAAUAUUCUUCUUCUCAGUUAAUUUCCUCAAUGUUUAGAGACCCUAAAUUUAUGUAUCCGUAUGCCAGCCUGUCUCCUUGAGGUCUUUCUCCUCUCUCAUACCGACAACACCAUUUGAGAGACAUCUGACGGGACUGCCUUGACAUCUCAUGUCCUAGAGGAGAAACAGCACUACAACUGUGUUUCUAAAUGUUCAUUAAGAAAAUGCUGUUAAGAAAUGUUUUUGGUUAUGAUUUUCAUUGAAGUUUUCUUUUUGUUAUUUCAUAGUUAUAUAUUCUUGUUACUGUUUUUCAUUUUUAUACCAUUUUAGUUGUUCAUUUUAUGCCUGUUUUUUGUAAAUUGUAUUCCUUAUGAAUAAAAAUUGAUUUGUAA